CCGCAGCUGAAUUAGGUGCCGCUGCGUGGAUCCUAAGGUUAGUUCAUCUCUCCCUCAAUUUUCUUCAAUCUUGCGAUAGAAUUUGCCCAAUGGAAUCUAUUGAUUCACGUCAAGGCUUUUUCGUCACCGAGAAAAUAGCUUUCCCCUUCUGACAAAUUUUGCACCUUGAUGAUCCACAAGUGAUUUUGCAUAUCCUCCAGUUGCUAGGUUGAAUUCGAGAAGCCACUGAUUGACAAACUCAGCAUUGGGUGGCUUUGGUCUCCGUUAGAGAAUGGAUGGACUGAAUAAGAAUCAAGCAAACAAGUACAGUAUAAUUGUUCCUACGUACAAUGAACGGCUCAACAUUGGUCUCAUAGUUUACCUCAUCUUCAAGCAUCUUAAGGAUGUUGAUUUUGAAGUUAUCGUUGUGGAUGAUGGGAGUCCUGAUGGUACCCAGGAUAUAGUAAUACAACUGCAGAAAGUUUAUGGAGAAGAUCGAAUUCUUUUAAGACCGAGAGCUAAGAAGCUGGGUUUAGGAACUGCUUAUAUUCAUGGCAUGAAGCAUGCAUCUGGAAAUUUUGUUGUCAUCAUGGAUGCUGAUCUGUCACACCAUCCAAAAUAUUUGCCAAGAUUCAUUAGCAAGCAGAAGGAAACUAGAGCAGAUAUAGUUACUGGUACUCGUUAUGUUAAAGGUGGUGGUGUGCACGGAUGGAAUCUUAUGCGCAAACUAACAAGCAGGGGAGCAAAUGUUCUUGCUCAAACAUUUUUAUGGCCCGGUGUCUCAGAUUUGACAGGAUCAUUUAGACUUUAUAGGAAGUCUGUUCUUGAAGACAUCAUUAGUUGCUGUGUUAGUAAGGGAUAUGUCUUUCAAAUGGAGAUGAUAGUAAGAGCAUCCAGAAAAGGAUACCAUAUUGAAGAGGUUCCAAUCACAUUUGUUGAUAGAGUAUUUGGAAGUUCAAAACUUGGUGGAUCGGAGAUUGUUGAAUACCUGAAAGGCCUAGCAUAUCUUUUGGUGACAACAUAAAAAGAUAAAUCCUCCAUGUGUCAUUUUUU